CCAUUGCGCGCAUGCGCCACUUCGAGAGGAGAACUGUCGAGGUCGAAUUGUAGGAUUUCUCCUGCAUAGACUCAAAAGAAGGUAAAAUGCCGUCCGACUUUGAUAAGGACGCCUACCCGGAGCCUCCACGGCAAACUCCGGUUGUGGACAAACAGACGGCUCUGCCGAACCCGGCCUUGAUUUUGACUAAGCUCUUCUAUUACUCCGUGGACCUGCCUGUCACCACAUUUCGAGAGGUCGUUGACAGCAUUCAGGCAAAAAACAAGCCUGUCUACUACCAUCAGAAGUUCCGCCGCGUUCCCGACCUGACCCAGUGCCAAGAAGGGGAUUACCUGUGCUACUAUGAGGCUGAGAUGCAGUGGCGGAGAGACUUCAAAGUGGACCAGGAAAUUGUGAAGAUAAUCCAGGAGCGUAUGAGGGCCUGUAAUCAGAGAGAGGGCUCCAGCUUCCAGCAGAACUGCUCCAAGGAGAUAGAGCAGUUCAAUGAGGUUACCAAGAACUACCAGUUGCGCUAUGGGGACCUCGGAGCAUAUGCCAGCGGCAGGAAAUGUCUGAUGAAGCAAAAGGAGAGGAUGAUGGCAGCAGCUCAGACUCAAACUGCUUAACUGUUCUCAUCUAACCUGUGUAAUAGUUGUAAAAUAAAGUGUUUAAAUCAACA